AUGGGAAACGGCAAAUCCAAGGAGGAAACCGUGAAAGAGAAGGCCAGAGAGUGGCAGCGACAAAUUCGUGGCGAAUCGCGGAGAAUUGACCGUGAUGUGUCUCGAAUGCGUCAAGAAGAGGAGAAACUGAAGAAAGAGAUCAAAACUAUGGCCGAGAAGGGCCAGGCCGCAAGUGUCAAGACGCUUGCAAGGCAAGUAGUACGAUCACGAAAAGCUGUCGCUCGACUGGAGAGGACCAAAUGUUCCAUGUCAGCAGUAAAUUUGCACCUAACAACUGCAGUGGCAUCAAUGUCAACUGCAAGUGCACUGAAAAUGUCCUCUGGCGUCAUGAAGGAGAUGAACAGGCUCAUGAAUGUUCCAGAGCUUCAGAGAACGAUGGAGGAGAUGCGACAAGAGAUGAUGCGCGCUGAAAUUGCAGAUGAGAUGAUGGAAGAAGGUUUUCAGGAAUCCGAUGAUGAGACCGAAAUCGAUUCUGCGGUUGCCAAAGUCUACGAGGAGCUCGCCCUCGACAAGUCACAACUGCUGGAUACAGGAGCUGCUGCUGCAGCUCCAGUCGCCACUCCAGUGCCGGAGACCACUGAGGACCCCUUGAUGAAGCGGCUGCAGGAGUUGCAAAGGUGA